ACCUAUCAUCAUCCAUUAGCUCAUGCCUUCAUGUACCUGUCUCUAGUUUCAAGCUAGUAUUCUGUGCACCUGUUGGUGAUGUGAUGGGUCUGGUAGAUAUUUAGUGUUCAUUUACUUCACAAAUUUAUCUUUUAAUUUCGUCUGUUUUUAACACUUCUACUUUUUGGAGGGUUGCCGGUGUACACAGGUGGAAUAGUCGUUUGUUUGUUCUUUCGAAAGUUUAAAGAUGGAUCAAGCUGACCUUCGGAGACUUUUCGCGGCGUGUGAUGGAAAUAGGUCGGGAAGAAUCGAAUACGUGGACUUCAUCAAUGUUUGUCGAGAGCUUAAUGUCCCUGCUGACGAGAUCAGGACUUUAUUCAACAAGUUCGACCUGGACGGAGACGGAUACAUUAAUUUCAACGAUUUUUCGUCCAGUUUUCAGGAAGUAUCCGAAGCCCUCAAUCUGGCUUUGUUGGGCAGGAGUUUGCAGAAUCAGAGAAGCGCUUGGGGUGAAUUUGAAAACACAUUAGACGGUGAUGUGGCCUUUUAUUUGGGAAGGCAGUUGGAUCUGUUGAGUGAGUUGUAUGAACAGAUCCACUCCACAUCAGAUGAGCUGUUACUGCAGCAAUAUGAGGAUCUCAUCAAGUCCCUUUUGGCUGAAAGCAGAGAGCACAGGAUGGAGAGUGAACAACUGGAGACCAGUCUGCGAAGAACGGAGGAACUGAGCUGCAGUCAGUUAGCAGAGAUGGAAGAAGACUUGCAGCAGCAGCUGGCCCACACAGAAGAGAGGGUCAGGGAAGAGGAGCAAAAGAAAUUGGACGAAUCCAUUGCUAUGCUCCAAAUCAAGCAUGAAAAUGAGCUGGCAGACCUGCAGGCAGCAAUAGAGGGGCUCACAAAGCAAUAUCAAGAGGAGUCCAAAUUAAAGAGCCCCAGAGAAGAUGCUAUCAAACUGAGAGUACAGAUUAAAGAUCUAACACAGGAGAAUGAAGAGCUGAGAACUUCUCUCAUGAAAGCCCAGAUGAACAUCUCCAUUCUCCAAGUAGAGUUGGACAGAUUAAAAAAUGCCUUCACAGAUCAGAAACUCCAACAUGAGAGAGAAAGCGAUGACCUUCAAAAGAUGGUGAUGGAAUAUCAGUCUUACUCCAGCCAUAUAGAAAUGCUCCAGGAAAUCAACAAGAAGUUGUAUGACAGCAACGAUGGGUUACGCUCUGCUCUGAGCCAGGAUAAUGCCUCUACAAAGAGACUGCCCUCCCCCCAAAAUGAUGUCCUUCCUAGGAAAAUGAAACCAGUUCGGCAGAGCACAAUGAAUCGGAGCAGUUAUACUAAUGAAGAGGACUCAAUGGCCCUGGUUAAGAGCUGGGCUGAUAAGUAUUUGGACAGUGGAGUUUCCCUACAAACGGACACAGAGCCAAUGUCCGGCAGCGAUUAUGACAGUGAUGACAGCCAUCAUUUAGUGGAAACAGUGCAUCAUAGCUACUCUUAUAUUCCUGCUGAGCUGGAGGUUUCAGACCUGAAGUCUGAAGCUAUGGAACCUGUAGCUCCUAGAACAGUUGGCUCAAUGGCCUCUUCACUACGACGCCGGUUGUCUGCUUUUCCUGUUAAGCAAACUGAAGCAAACCUGUGUGAGACAGAUGACCUUGCUCCAGUGUACCGUCUGGUGUUGGCUGGGGAUGCUGGGUCAGGAAAAUCCAGCUUUUUACUACGACUGAGUCUCAAUGAAUUCAGAGGAGAUAUACAAACCACUCUUGGUGUUGAUUUUCAAAUAAAGAAGAUGCUUGUGGAUGGAGAGAAAACAAACCUUCAGAUCUGGGACACUGCUGGACAGGAAAGGUUCCGCAGCAUUGCCAGGUCAUACUUUCGCAAAGCACAUGGAGUGCUACUCUUGUACGAUGUCACAUCUGAGAGCAGUUUCCUAAAUGUUCGUGAAUGGGUGGAACAGAUUCGGGAGUCAACAGAUGAGGACAUCCCAAUGUGUGUGAUAGGCAACAAGGUGGAUUUGAGGGCUGAGACGCCAGAGGCAAAUUGUGUGAGUGCAUUCCAUGGGGAAAAGCUUGCUAUGGCUUACAAUGCCCUUUUCUGCGAGGCAAGUGCAAAAGAGGGGACAAAUGUUGUAGAGGCAGUUUUACAUUUAGCAAGGGAAGUAAAGAAACAUGCAAAACUGAGACGGAGGUCACGGUCGCAGGUUAAGCUGAGCCUUCACAAUCGGAGAAAGACGCUGAGCAACUGCUGUGGAGUUUAAGUCUUGCUGGUCAUUACUUGGAUACACCCUAGAGAUGCCAAGAUUAAUUCUUAAAAUUAUAUUAAAGUCUGUGCUUUGUAGUCAAGGUAACUCUUUAAAACGGUCAGUAGUUGUUAAUUCUACCACAUUAAGUCAUGUCCUUUAUUUGAACCAUGUUGUGGCAAAACUAGCCACAUUGGUUUUUUUUAAUG